CGGAUAUACCCUAUUACUACACAAUCAAACGAAUGGAUAUAAGCCUCAGAAGAGUCUCAGAACUAAUACGGGAGGCCGGUUCAACGCUCCAAGCUGCCCAACAAACAUGCAGCAAAACAGACCUUCUCAUGCUGAAGACCCGCUCCUUAUGCGAUGACUUUAACCACAACCACAGCAUCAGAUCCCCAUACAUAGCGGCCUUUCUUGAAUCCCAAUGCAGGCUUAUGGAGCGCAUUCACGAAUGUAUGGCACACCAACAGCGGGAGCUACAAACUGAGAUUGGUACGAUUCGCGGCUUGGCAGAAAGGAAGAUCCGUGAUUUGGAAAGAGUAGUUGCCGUUUUGCAGGACACCGCCAUCGAUGAGGGAUAUUUGGAAUUCCUCUUGAAAGAGAGAAACCGCGACUCAAAGCCUGAAGGUGAGAUCCGCACGUUAUUUGACUUUAUAUCUACCAACAACAUGGAGGAGCUUAAAUCGGAACUAGAAGUGACAUUGGCGAACCACGAAAGAGAAUUCAAGCAGUGCAUAUCCAGCAGCUUUGAGAAGUUCGAUGCGGUCAUGGGGGGUUAUCGCACACAAUUUAGGGCCGUCGUUGCCGAUCUGGCUACCUCUGCUGAAGGGGAACCAUCGCUUCCGGAAGAACUUGCGGAGAUCUUGGAUGACAACGACGAGGCUGGCCAGGAGAUGGCAACCAUCAUACAGAAUCUCACUCAGCACUACGAUCAAUGCAUGAAGGUGCGUGAGAUGCAAAGUGGUGCAUACGAUCCCUCCGAGACCCGCGAGCUUUUUGGGGUGGUUUCUAAUGAUUCCGCCGAGUUGCCGAAAGCUGCCAAGGCGCUUGAAACGGUUCAGAUCGAGGUUAUUGAAAACUAUGAGUUCUGUGUGAAAGAAGUAAAUGCCUUAGCGCAAGCGAAUGCUUUGUCGCCGCUUAAUUUGGCAUCCUUAGACUUGGUUGGCUCUGACGAGAGUCCCCUACAAACGCUUAUGAAGAGCUGUCUUACGAGCUUACGUCGAUUUUCCAACCAGCAGUUCAAAAAAGAUAUGGAGAGCAUCUCUGAUUUUUCCGAAGACUUGAUCGGGCACUACAACCAAUUCAUCAAAUCCUACUAUAACAUGAUGAUAGAAAUCCGACGUCGAAAAACAGUUGCGGCGAAGAUUAACAAGAUUAUUCAAGAGGAGCUACGCCUUAAAAUGGAACAAGUGGAAGCUUCUGAGGCAGAGCGUCGUGGAAAUUUCUGGGCAGAAAACGGUGACUUUUUGCCGAACGAUUUGGUCCUACCGGAUUUCAUCAAGUAUCUGGCUUCUCUUCCUAGGUUUGAGAUCAUCCAGUACGAGGAGCAUCUACCCGAUAUCAAGGAUGACUCUUUGUUAAAGCUUGAGAAGUACAUUGUCUACAACCUAGAUGGAUGAAUAUGGUUUAGUCUAUGAUAAAAAACGUUCAUUAAAUUCUAUAGAUGGC